CCGGCUCGGACUUGGGGGCUAGAGCGGGAGGCCGAGGCGGGGCCUCGGCGGAAAGCGCGGCCCCCGCGAUGCCGUUCCUGCACGGCUUCCGGAGGAUCAUCUUCGAGUACCAGCCGCUGGUGGAUGCCAUUCUGGGCUCCUUGGGGAUCCAGGACCCCGAGCGGCAGGAGCCCCUGGACGGGCCCAGUUAUGUCGCCAGUGAGGAGAGCCGGAUCCUUGUUCUCACUGAGCUGCUGGAGAGGAAGGCCCACUCUCCAUUUUACCAGGAAGGCGUGAGCAAUGCCCUGUUGAAGAUGGCCGAGCUGGGGCUGACACGGGCUGCUGACGUUCUCCUGAGGAACGGGGCCAAUCUCAACUUUGAAGACCCAGUCACCUACUACACGGCCCUGCACAUUGCCAUCCUGCGGAACCAGCCCGACAUGGUGGAACUGCUGGUGCGCCAUGGGGCUGACAUUAACCGGAGGGACCGGAUCCACGAGAGCAGCCCUUUGGACCUGGCCAGUGAGGAGCCGGAGCGCCUGCCCUGCCUGCAGCGCCUCCUGGACCUGGGAGCAGAUGUCAAUGCAGCUGACAAGCAUGGAAAGACAGCCCUGUUGCAUGCUUUGGCCAGCAGUGACGGGGUGCAGAUCCACAACACCGAGAACAUCCGGCUCUUGCUGGAGGGAGGGGCAGACGUCAAGGCUACCACCAAAGACGGGGACACCGUGUUCACUUGCAUCAUCUUCCUGCUUGGUGAGACCGUGGGAGGGGACAAAGAAGAGGUCCAGAUGAUCAACCGCUUCUGCUUCCAAGUAACUCAGCUCUUGCUGGCUCACGGGGCGGACCCCAGCGAGUGCCCAGCCCAUGAGUCCCUCACACAAAUCUGCCUCAAAAGCUUCAAACUGCACUUCCCUCUCCUGCGCUUCCUGCUGGAGUCCGGAGCCGCCUAUAACUGUUCCCUGCAUGGCGCAUCCUGCUGGUCUGGCUUCCACAUCAUCUUUGAGAGGCUCUGUUCCCACCCGGGCAGUGCCGAAGACGAGAGCCACGUGGACCUCCUGCGCAAAGCCGAGACCGUCCUGGAUCUCAUGGUGACUAACUCCCAGAAACUCCAACUGCCAGAAAACUUUGAUAUCCACCCUGUAGGCAGCCUGGCAGCAAAGAUCCAGGCCCUCCACUUCUCCCUGAGGCAGCUGGAGAGCUAUCCCCCGCCCCUCAAGCACCUGUGUCGCGUGUCCAUCCGGCUCUACCUCCAGCCAUGGCCUGUGGAUGUGAAGGUCAAAGCCCUGCCUCUGCCAGACAGGCUGAAGUGGUACCUCCUCAGCGAGCACAGCAGCACUGUCGAAGACGACAUCUGAUAGGUCCCAAGUGAAAAGGGUCUGGGCAGCUAAAGUCAACUUGUUUGUGGACUUAAGUACCUGUAACAGCCUCAGGGGAGGGUCCCUUGAUCUGGGAGGUGAGACAUGAUGCUUAAUGAGUGUAGAGCCAGCCAGGUGAGGCCCACGCAGCAAACAUUCCAGUGGUGAAAGAUGUGGCUGUCUUCCAGGGAGACUGCCCUCCCUCCCCUCUUGCAGCAUCCCUUAGGCUCCACACACACUGAGAAGGACCGGGCUUAGAGGGGAGCACAGGGCAGCUACAGAAGCAGGAAGUGCCAAGUCUGGGUGUCCCCAAGAGCUGCAGGAGUCUGGCGUGUCCGGCAUGGAGGCACAGUUGGAGGAAGAAGGAAGCCAAGCCAGGGUGCGUCCUGUGGGGAGCCACCCAGCUGAGGCCCUGCCUCUUUUCAUUCCAGGUUCUGCCACUCUUAGAAGUGCUUUGGCAAAGCUGGGGGAGAAGGCAGUAAAGGCCACCACAGGCUCGUCUUUCUGGUGUUGAAAGCUGAGCUGACCCCUGCUGGCUUCUGCAGCUCUGGGGCUGGGUCGCCUGUGGCCCUGUUCAUCCAAGCACCAGGGCUGUACUAUGGUGGCAGCUCUGCUUGUGCCAAACCCAGGGUCUCAGGGACCAUGCCUCCUGCCAAAAAGCAAUCAUGAGUGCAUAACCGGGGACAGCCCUUUCCGAAGCAUCUUGUUCUGUGAGGGCUCGCCUGAUGGAGCAAGUCACCAAGACUGAAAGCUGACUGGACUGCUCAGUGCCGGGCCCCCAGAAACACUUCCAAGUGGUAGUGGUCAUUGUGAACUGUGUAAAUGCCUUUGGGAAUAAGCUGAGACGACUAAGUGGUAUAUUUAUAAAAUUAAACUGAUUCUCUUGGCCUUAAA